AGAAGCUGCCAGCCUCUUUUCGCAUUAGACUGAGGUCGAGAGAGUGAGAGAGACUGUUUGUGUGUUGGGAAACAGCAAUUGUGGACUUCUAAACACAGAUUUGUCAGACUGUUUCCACUUCACUCGAACGGACAAAAGGGCACGCUCUGGAAAACCACAAGUGAUAAUGCCCUUCUGAGACAGAUAAGCAAACACACAGGCCUGCUAUUAAGGGAGUACCGGGUUUGUAGCCCUGAGCAUGUGUGGGCAACCUGCACGGGCAUCAUGAUCUCACACUAUCCGCUGGCAUCGCUGCUCUCCUGGCCGCCCAUCCCACACUGUCUGGACCUAGAUGGGGAGGAAGGGGUGGCCCUGCAGAGGUAUCAACCACGAUCACCAGAGAGCAGCCCUCAUUGCUGGAGCUCUGUGCAGGACUGGGGAGAGGAGGUCGAGGAAGGAGCCAUAUACAACGUGACGCUGAAGAGGGUCCAAAUCCAGCAGGCGGCUAACAAAGGCGCAAGAUGGCUGGGGGCAGAGGGUGACCGCUUGCCCCCAGGUCACACAGUCAGCCAGUUGGAGACGUGUAAGAUCAGAAGUAUCCGGGCGGGGACACUGGAACGUUUGGUAGAGACACUCCUCACAGCGUUCGGUGAUAAUGACCUGACCUACACCAGCAUCUUCCUCUCCACAUACAGGGCAUUUGCUACUACACAGAAUGUACUGGAGUUGCUGCUGGACAGGUAUGGUAGUUUUGAGGAUUGUGAGGGGGAGCAUAACCAGUGUCGGACUGGAGAGAGCAGAGUUGCUGUGAGAACUGCUUUGGCCUCUAUUCUAAGAGCCUGGUUGGAUCAGUGUCCAGAGGACUUCCAGGAACCUCCAUCAUAUCCGAGCUUGCAUCGUGUGCUGGGUUUCCUGCGGAAGGCCAUGCCAGGCUCAGAGCCAAUGCGCCGGGCUCAAAGUCUGCUAGAACAAUUGCAUGUCCAGGCCAGCCUAGAGAAUGAGACUCAAGGAGGCUUUCAGUACACCAACCCUUUCUGCAUUGGGGAAGAUGAGGAAGUGGAAAUCGAUUUGCAGGAGGACUUCUUCUCCUUCAAGGUUGACCUUGUAGCAGAGCAGCUGACUUAUAUGGAUGCGCUGUUAUUUAAGAAGGUGGUUCCUCAUCACUGUUUGGGUGCUAUCUGGUCUCAGCGUGAUAAAAAGGACGGCAAACAGAGCGCGCCCACCAUCCGCGCCACCAUCACUCAGUUUAAUGCAGUAACGGCGUGCGUGGUCAGCACCAUCCUCCGUCAGCGGCAGAUACGCCCGCAUUUGCGUGCUCGCAUCAUCCAGCGCUGGAUCGACGUUGCACAGGAGUGUCGCAUUCGUAAGAACUUCUCAUCUCUGAGAGCCAUAGUAUCAGCGUUGCAGUCCAACCCCAUCUACAGACUGAAGAGAGUGUGGGCCUCUGUUUCCAAAUUUGCCAGUCUGGACAGCUGUGCCAAAGAUCACCAGAAAAGAUCCCACAAGAGACUUCAGUUACAGAAAGAGAUGGGUGCCAUGCAGGGGACGAUUCCAUAUCUGGGUACAUUUCUCACAGAUUUGACCAUGCUUGAUACAGCACUGCCUGACCAAGUGGAGGGAGGACUGCUCAAUUUCGAAAAGCGGCGCAGAGAGUUUGAAGAAAAACUGACCAGCCAGGACAAAACUCCAGCUGUGAUCUCUCGAGCCAUGGCCAAACACAACCUGGAGGGUGAGCAGGCCGCUGACUACGAGCUGGUGCAGGUCAUCUCUGAGGAGAGAGAAUUGGUCAUCCCUGACAACGCAAACGUGUUUUACGCCAUGAGCACAUCUGCGAACUUUGACUUCCUAUUGCGUCUGCGUGGUUCUGAGGGGAGGCCGGUUCAGCUGCGCAGUCGUUGCAGCUCCACACUACCGCGCACACAGCAACGCUCCAGUCUGUCCCUCAGGCUCAGCAAGGUCACACUGUGACCUCUAACCUUUUUUACACCAGAACAGGCUUUGUAAAAAGACUACAGCAGGUGGAGUACUAGACUAAAUGGCCUUUAUGGACGAUUUCAAGGGGAGUUUAUUGACUUCAGAAACAUUUCAGAACUAAUUUAGACAUCUCAUGUUCUUCCUUGCUGCCUUUUGAAAUUAAAGGCUUAUGUUAAUAGUAGCAUGUGCCUCCACCUCCCCACCUGGCCCACAAAAGACACAUCCCAUCCUCCCUUUUGCUGGAUAUUUUGCACAAGUGCAGGAAGGUCUCCUGCUCCUCAUCAGUAUUUGCCUAACAGCACAUCUCUUCCCAGCCAAGAGGCCUACACGACUUCCUCAGAGAGAAAGAGUGGAACGAAAGAAGCUGUGGGGAGAGAAGUUAAACGACAACCAUGUUGCCUUUAUCAGUGGUAAUGAUGGAACUCUUGCGUCAGUAUUGAAGAUGAACUGCAGUAGCUGUGAUGCCGUCAUCAACGUGUCCUUCUUCUUUCCACUUGUGUGGAUUGUAUCCCUAGACUUAAAGUGCUUAGACUGGCUCACUAAGAAUCCAUAGAAUUACAUUUAGUUUCCAUCUUUAAGUGCAAAAUGGAGAAAAGAACAACCGUUUCCUUUAGAUAUCACAAACGGUAGGUAUACGAUGAAACAAGAUGUAUGAAGUUAUUUUUUCUGCCUAUUCUAAGCAUUUUAUCUCUGUGUAUUUCUGUGUUUCUUAUAUUGUGAGCUGUGUGACGAAUGCAGAAAAUAUGCAUUCUGAUUGGUUCCUGCUUGGUUUUAUCAAGUCUGUGGUGUUUCCUUUCAUGAUUGGAUCCAUGUUGUGUCUUUAAGGUGUGGUCACACAGCACCAAUAGGAUGGGUUUCUAUUAGGAAACCUGGAUUGAGCUACCUUCCUCUAUGAAAGUGCACUUGCUAUAGAGUGGGCGGAGUCAAUAGGUGUGUACUAAAAAGAGCACUUGGUCCACUUUUUGUAGCUUUCCUCUCUUCUGUCUUCAAGCAUCACUAUAUUAAUGAUAUACUUUUCUUUUUUUAUACGUAUGUUUUUGCAAGAGAUGAAGAAGUAGCCACGAUAUCUAUGAAAAAAGGAUUUUGGAAGUUUUAAAAAGAUUUUGUGAACUAAAAGAGAACAUGUAAAAA